ACACGUACCCUCAAACGCGUUCUACGCCAAACCCUUAUAAAGAAAAAACUCAUCCAAAACCAUAUGAGAUUAAGCAACAAAUAUAGAUAGAUAGAGAAACACACACAAAGAGAGUUGAACCAGUCCUUUGUUGGGAAUUUGUGAGAUAUCUUCAGCAUUUUGCUAUGGCUGAAUCAUUAUCUUCUACAAGUGAAACCAAUCCCCAGAAGGGUCUAACUGAGUGGGACAUGGCCGCGGCUCAGAAACUCAUGCAACUUAGCGACGAAGAUAGCAACAACGAUGAAAAAAACUGCAACAAGAGGGACUCAGAUGAUGAAGAGGGUGAUGAUCAGAGUCAGAGUCGAAGUGAAAUAACCUCGGCUUUGAUCGAAGAGAUUUUCGGGAAAGAAGACGAAGAGGUGUAUCGUCCAAAGAAGAGGAGGUAUCGGUCUCUUGUUAGUAUUUACACCGCCACGAAACCAGUGAAUGCUAGAUUUCAAAAGAAGGCGAGAUCUUACAAUAACCCUAAUGGGGUUUUAGCUUAGG